AUUUAAUAUAGCAAUCGCUACCGCGAUUUGUGAGGCAGGUAGAUUAAUUUACAACUAAAAAUCUAGAAAUCUGUUUUGCGUUUGUCAACAACCAAAUUUUGCUGAAGUGUAAAAUCUCUCAUAAUGUCUACUGAAAAGGAUAAAAUCGACAAAUCUAAGAUAAAUAAUCAAGUAAAACAUGUACCAAAAGACGCGCAAGUGAUAAUGUCAAUAUUGAAAGAGCUAAAUGUCCAAGACUAUGAGCCCCGCGUUAUUAAUCAAUUAUUGGAGUUCACAUACCGUUAUGUGACUUGUAUAUUGGAUGAUGCAAAAGUCUUUGCAAAUCAUGCACGAAAGAAAACCAUUGAUUUGGACGAUGUUAAACUUGCCACAGAAGUAGUAUUGGAUAAAGCAUUUACCUGCCCACCACCACGUCAUAUACUGGCUAAACUGGCUGAAGUACGAAAUUCAAUGCCUCUUCCACCAAUCAAGCCUCAUUGUGGACUACGUCUUCCUCCCGAUCGUUAUUGUUUAUCCGCAUGUAAUUACAAGCUUCGCGCUGCAAGUCAACCGAAGAAGAUGACCAAAUCCGCAUUGGAAUCUCGCUCAACUAUAAAAACACAAAUGAAAAAUUCUGGCGGUGCUGGUGCAACUAAACGUCAAACUGUGCUUACGCCAAAGACGCAAGUAGUUACUAUACCUAAGCCAGUAAUAAAGUUUACAACCACAACAAAAACGGUAUCCAGCAGCGGUCCAACGGGUAUUGGCGGCAGUAUAAUUGUAAAUAGUGGUAGCGGCGAUAGUGGAGACAUUAAAAUGGAAGUUGAUCUGGAUACAAGUGCAUCUGCCGCGGUUGGCAGUAUUGGUGGGGGUAAUAUAGGAGGGGAUGGAAGUGGUGGUGGUGUUAAACGCGAACGGGAAGAGGAUGAGUUUGAAGUUGUGCAGUAGCUUUAGAAAAUGUUUACAGAAAAUAAAAGAAUAUAUUUGUGAAAAAA